AUGCAGUUCUACAUUACGCAGGCGAGCACUCACCAUGAAGCAGCACUGAAGCUCGCUACUCCCGAGAUGGCAAAUAUCAGUCCGGAUAACUCGGCUCCGUUAUUCCUCCUAUCCGCCUUGUCAUCCUUCAUCAGCUGUGCGAAGCCGCUCAAAUUGGGUAAUUUCUUCCUUUUGGAAGACAACAAUAUUGCGGACUGGCUCCUGCUUAUCCGAGGCACCGGCACUAUACUAGACUUUGCCGACGAGUCGCUCAAAUCUGGGCCGUUGGCGUCCAUGUUCAACGUCCGGGCUCAACAUCGGAACUUCAGCACCAGCCGGCGGCAUCAUGCUCUAGAGGAAUUGCACCAGCUUAUCCUGACUCAGGUCCAGGAUCAACACAUGCUCCAUAUGUAUAUUGGUACGCUUGAUGAGAUGAACAGAUCGUUCGCGAUGUGCUUGGAGCAUAACCUGCGCCUUGAGACAGCGGAUGUCUUUGUCUGGCUGAUGCGCGUGCCAUACGACUUUUUAGUAUUACUAAGGAACUACGAGCCGUUGGCCUUGGUGAUCCUGGGUUAUUUCUGUGUGCUACUGCAUCAAUUAGAGUGGAUGUGGUGUAUGAAAGGCUGGAGUACUCAUCUUCUUUCGCAGAUCUAUGAUCAACUCGGUCCGACACAUCGUGUUUGGAUUCGAUGGCCAAUUGAGCAGAUUGGCUUUCUUCCGCCUACGUGA